AUGGGUUUCUGGGCUUCUACUUUGUGUGCAGUGUCUUUAUUAACUUCGACUGCAAUAAGUCUGGACAGACUUCUCGCCUUGUUGCUGGGGCUCAGAUACAGACAAGUUGUAACUUUGAGAAGAACAUGUAUAAUCGCUUUUGGUUUCUGGUUUUUGUCCAUCGUUGUUUCAUCUACUUUGACACUUUGGAAUAUUCUUAUACUUCUUUCGUAUAAUUACAUAGGUAUAGCUUUGUGUUUAGUCACCACAGCCUUCGCUUACACAAAAAUUUUCUGUACUCUGCGUCAUAAUCAAAUACAUGUUCAGAACCAUUUUGCCUCUCGACAACCUAACCAAGAAAUUCCACUGAACAUAGCUCGAUACAGAAAGGCAGUGUACAGUGCACUGUGGGUGCAGGGAACAUUGGUUGUUUGUUAUCUGCCGCUUAACAUCGUGUACGCGUACGCUUUGACAACUCAAAGAGGCUUUUCCUUAUCUGUUUACCUUGCAUGGCAAUUUACGUCUACACUAAUGUUCUUAAACUCGUCAUUAAACCCUUUGUUGUACUGUUGGAAGAUUAGAGAAGUGAGGCAAGCGGUUAAAGAAACGGUAAGGCAAAUAUUCUGUUGUUCGAGUCAGUAG